AUCACAUGGCCGGAGAGUCACAAAAACAACAGCUUUGGCCAAGACCGUGACUUCAGGAAAGGGAACCCAGGGCUCUCGCAGCCGGCCCCCUCCCCAUGGAGGACAGUUUUCUUGAAUCCUUUGGGAGGCUGAGCCUCCAGCAGCAGCAGCAGCAGCAGCAGCCGCCGCCUCGGCCGCCGCCCCCGCGGGGGACACCUCCGCGCCGCCAGAGCUUUAGGAAACACCUCUACCUCCUGCGAGGCCUCCCGGGCUCCGGGAAAACCACACUGGCCAGACAAUUGCAACAUGACUUUCCCAGAGCCCUGAUUUUCAGCACGGAUGAUUUUUUCUUCAGGGAAGAUGGUGCCUAUGAAUUCAAUCCUGACUUCCUGGAGGAAGCUCAUGAAUGGAACCAAAAAAGAGCAAGAAAAGCAAUGAGGAAUGGCAUAUCCCCCAUUAUUAUUGAUAAUACCAACCUCCACGCCUGGGAAAUGAAGCCCUAUGCAGUCAUGGCACUUGAAAAUAACUAUGAAGUUAUAUUCCGAGAACCUGACACUCGCUGGAAAUUCAACGUUCAAGAGUUAGCAAGAAGAAACAUUCAUGGAGUUCCAAGAGAAAAAAUACUUCGAAUGAAAGAACGGUAUGAACAUGAUGUUACCUUUCACAGUGUGCUUCAUGCAGAAAAACCUAGCAGAAUGAACAGGAACCAGGACAGGAAUAAUGCAUUGCCUUCCAACAAUGCAGGAUACUGGAAUACCUAUUCUGAGUUUCCAAACCGGAGGGCUCAUGGCGGCUUCACAAAUGAGAGCUCCUUCAACAGAAGGGGUGGUUAUCACCAUGGAUAUUAGAGGCCUAUCUUACAGCCAUUCAAAAUUUUCCUAAGUCAGUUUUUACUUCAAUUUUUGGUAUUUAUUCUUUGUUCUGUUUUAGUCAGAGCUCUAAUUGCGGUAUACAUAGUUGAACUCAAAAGUUUCCGAGAAGUCAUUAUAUUCAUUAUCUUCAACAAGCCUUUGUUAAAGUGCUCCUAUACGCAUGGUCUGAUAUUGGGAAUUCUGCAGAUUUGAUUAAAUAGUCUCUUUCUCUAGAGAAAGAAUUAAUUUGAAACUAAAACCUGAGAACAUACCCAAGAACAUAAUCAAUUACAUAGGUUCAUAAAUGAAAUCAAAUGUUUAUAUUAUAUAUAAACUUCAGUACCACUUUCUCUGAAGUAAUCUAUUUUUUCAGGAAAUUCAUCUCCAUCAGGAAAGUUGGAACGGUGGGGGAGGAGAAGUGGAGGGCAGGAAGUUUUAGUGCCAUUGCUACUUUGAUAAUCUGUGUAUCCAAAAAUGUAAGAGGUGACUCUUAAUGAUGACACUGAUUUUCCUUUAAAACUAAUAUGCUAGAAAGGGUACAUCUAAGGGAACACUGUCCUUCCAAGGAGACACAUUGGGAAAUCAUUCCUUUAUUUUAAUGAUGUAUUACUGUUAAAAAUAUUUGUGAAGUCCUUAAUAGCUUUACAAGUUACUGGGGAAAAUCAGUGUCAUUAUUUAAAGUCAUACUUUGUGUUUUAACUGCCACUUUAUUCAACAGGAUUAAACCUGAAUAAAUUUUGGCUGUUGUGCUAAUUGUGUAAAUAAAACAAGCCUGCCUUCAUAAAACACCAAUUUGUAAGAGGAAUACUUAAACGACUUUUAAAAUUGUGUCUAUAAACACGUGUUUAAUUAGUUGGCAGCUAAAUGUUUGGGAGUGCAAGGAAUUAAGCACUCCCAGAUACAGGUCAUACAGGGAUAUGUAAAAGCCAUGCUCAUCACAAAAUGAGCAGUUGAUGUUUUUUGUGGCAUUAUUUAAGACAAUAGAGCUCUACUACAACUCCAGAAUGUCCCUCUUACACUGACACUGAAUUUAUGAAUCCCAAUUAAAUUCCAACAGGUUGGAAUUAAUUUGGUGUGAGACCAUGAUAGAUAAGACCAUGUAGGAUGUAUGCUCUAUUUCUUCUUGUUAGCCAACAGCUUCUUUCUAAUGUUCUGUGAAGUAUUAUUUUAAGUGUCCUAUAUAAUGGUGCUUUUAUGGCUAUUAAAAAUUGUAUAUGGUAUUGCAUUUAUAUGGAUUUGUCACUGAAUCUCUUUUUGUUUGUUUGACAAUAUAAGAAUUUAAUUACCUAAA